AUGCGUCAAUUCGGUCAUCAAGAGGAUUCGAAAAGUGAGGCUUUCAUGACGUCCAUGCCCUGGUCCAGGGUAUUUCGGCUCGAUGGCGCAGUAGUCCGUGAAACGGAUCCUGGCUGCUCCGUCCUAGACUGGAUGAACCUAAGCCUGUUGGGACCUGCUCCAAUAGAAGUUUCUUGGGGCUUAUUCCGAUUGAACGGAUGGGGCUUCGAUUUGGACGAGGCUUUUGUCUGGAACCAAAAGUGGGUGGCGGGAAUUAGGGCGAUCAAGCUACCGUCUUGUCUGCUGAGGAAACGCCUGAGGGAAUGA